UCGAAUUUAAACCUCCAUUGCAUCAGAACCCAAGGUAGCGAAGGCGGUUGCUGCUACUUCACCGGAGCGCAGAAGAGACGAGGCGGUUUCGGCCACGAGUUCUUCUUCUCCGAAGCCCGAGAAAUCUCGUCGUUUGUGUAGAACUUAGAGGCGAGGAAUGGGAGCGGUCGGCGCAGAGGAGCUGAUUGGGCGGGAAAAGGUGGAGUCGGCUUCUGGUGACGGAGGUAAUGGCAAGGCGGAGAAGAUUUUUGUUUCGGUGCGAUUGAGGCCACUGAGUGAGAAGGAGAUGGCAUCGAACGAUCCUUGUGAUUGGGAGUGCAUCAAUGACACCACUGUUAUCUUCAGAAGCAGCCUACCGGAGCGGUCUAUGAGUCCCACGGCUUACACAUUUGACAGAGUGUUUCAAAGUGAUCACACCACCAAGCAAGUGUACCAGGCAGGGGCUAAAGAUGUUGCUCUUUCUGUAGUUAGUGGUGUUAACUCUGCUAUUUUUGCUUAUGGUCAAACAAGCAGUGGGAAAACAUACACAAUGACUGGGAUAACUGAGUAUGCUGCACAAGAUAUAUAUGAAUAUAUUCAUAAGCAUGAUGAGAGAGCAUAUGUGCUGAAGUUUUCAGCAGUAGAGAUCUACAAUGAGGCUGUAAAAGAUCUAUUAAGUACAGAUUCUUCUCCCCUAAGGCUUUUGGAUGAUCCAGAGAAAGGAACAGUAAUUGAGAAACUUUCAGAGGAAAUUUUAACGGACUGGAACCACCUUAAGGCACUCAUUUCUGUGUGUGAAGCUCAUAGAAAGAUAGGGGAGACAUCUCUAAAUGAAACAAGCUCCAGAUCUCAUCAAAUUCUUCGAUUGACUAUUGAAAGUUGUGCUCGAGAAUUUCUGGGAAAAGACAAUUCAAGUACACUCGUAGCUAGUGUGAAUUUUGUUGAUCUAGCAGGGAGCGAACGUGCAUCUCAGGCAUUAUCUUCUGGUACUAGGCUUGAGGGUUACCACAUAAAUCGAAGCUUGCUGACACUUGGAUCUGUUAUUCGCAAAUUGAGCAAGGGAAGAAAUGGAUACAUUCCUUAUCGGGAUUCAAAGCUCACACGGAUAUUGCAACCAUCACUGGGGGGUAAUGCAAGAACUGCCAUCAUUUGCACAAUAAGUCCUGCAAGAAGUCAUAUUGAGCAGUCCAGACACACUCUUCAGUUUGCCAGUUGUGCAAAAGAAGUAGUUACCAGUGCCCAGGUGAAUAUAGUUAUGUCAGAUAAGGCAUUAGUCAAACAUUUGGAAGAAGAACUCGCAAGGCUGGAGAAUGAAUUGAGAUAUCCAGGGAUAUCUCCUACCGUUGAAACAAUGCUGAGGGAGAAAGACCUAAAAAUUCAAAAGAUGGAGAACGAGAUAAACAAGUUGAUCCAGCAAUUGGAUAUAGCUCAUUCUCAACUAGAAAAUUCGCCGCAAGUUAUUGGAAAGGAUCCUUCUUCAAGACCAUGGGAGGAGCCAAGCAGUACCUCACCACUCAAUGGACAUUAUGUGGGUCAUUAUUUACCCCCAAUGUCUGAGCCAUCAGAUAGCACUGAUCUCUGUACUGUUUCUGCCACCUCAAGAUUUGUAGCUUCAUACAACCAGAGCUGCUUGCAAACAGGAAACUACACAAAUCCAUCACCAAGACACUUAGGGCAAAAUCACAAGUUUAUCGAGUCAAAUGGGAAUCAAGGUGGUCAGUGGAUUGGUGAAAACUUCAAUGAUGAAUUUGAGCAAUUGUAUCAGGAUGUUCACUGCAUUGAAGUGAAUGGUGCGCAUAUGAGCGAAGAUUCAGAGUCCAUCUUAACUGAAGGAAGCAAUAGCCUCCAACGGUUGAGUGUCACAACUCCAGAGCACAUAUAUGGGAAUUGUGAACCAGAGAGACAAAGGGAUCUGGAUUUUAUGAAUGCCAAUCCUGUCACUUUGGAACAACAUCUUCAGAAUGUAAAGAAGACACUUAGCAGCUUUGUCGAAGCACAUCCAAAUAGAUUCCAUCCAUGUUCAACAUUGCAGGAUCCUAGAUCUAAAGAUGUUCCAUUAAGUAGAAGUAUAAGUUGUAGGUCAACACUGAUGAGCUCUCCAACUUGGCUCAAAGUAGAUAAUACAUCACCUACUAUAUCUUUAGAUGGAUUCCAUGGAAGGCCUGAAGAAUUACAAAAGAAAGGAUUUGCCUGGAACUUCAGAGAUACUAUUAGAAAGUUAUCAGCAAGAGGAUCUCAGAAUUCUGGAGAUAGCACAUCUUUUAGUGUUCAAAAGCUAUUGAACACAGAAGCUACUUCCAGUGGCAAGAUGGACAGAUCAGUUGACUACACAGAGCUCAAUGAAAUGGUUCAAGUUGAUGAACAAAAACAAUCAACUAUUGAUCAGGAUACUGGAAAGAAUGUGUUUCAAGAAUUGGGAGCCAAGGAUACCGCAAAGUAUGUGGGUCAGAAAUCAACUCUAGAUUCACUGCAACCUCCUACAUUAUGGCCUCGUGAGUUCGAGAAAAACCAACAAGAGAUAAUUCAGCUUUGGCAUGAGUGUCAUGUUUCCUUAAUCCAUAGAACUUGCUUUUACAUGCUAUUCAAAGGUGAUCCAACCGAUUCUAUUUACAUGGAAGUGGAAUUGAGGAGAUUAUCCUUCUUAAAGAGCACAGUAUCUCGACAACACAUCGAUAAGGCAUCAACAGUCGGUCAACAUUUUACUUCUGCGCCAAGUUUAAGAUUGCUUCGACGUGAAAGGGACAUGCUUUGCAGGCAGAUGGAAAAGAAUUUGUCUGGUGCUGAAAGAGAGAGCCUGUAUGCCAAGUGGGGAAUUGAAUUGGACUCGAAACAGAGAAGACUGCAGCUUGCUCAGUGCCUAUGGUCAGAGCCCAAUGACAUAGAGCAUGUUAGGGAGAGUGCAGCCGUUGUGGCAAGCUUGAUUGGACUCCUGGAACAAGGGCGUGCCCUCAAAGAAAUGUUUGGCCUUGCAUUUUCACCUCAAAAAUCUAGUAAAAGAUCCAGUUGGAAAUAUGGAUUGUCAUACCGUUAAGUAGCUUUUGUUUUCUUUUUGCUAAAUCGUUAAUUCUUUUCCUGUCUGAAUGUUCUGCCGAUGGGAAAAUAGAUACAGUUUACCUCCUUUUGCGAUAAAUGGUCAGUGGUACUUUACUGCUCCUUGUUGUUUUAUUAAUGGCAGCAAGUUUCAGUGCUGCGACCCUCGCAAAA